AUGCUUCACCAAAACCCUCCCACCCUCGCUACCUCUGCCAGUUCGGAAGUCCCCGAGGUUUCGCCCUCGUGUUGCCAAAACAUAUGGAACAAGCCUGAAAGAGGGGAGGAUUUCACCAUCUUGCAAGCCGUGUUCAGCAAAGAUAUGGCUCUUAUUUGCUUAGCUACAUUUUCUGGAUGUGGGUCCUCUCUAGCCGCUAUAGAUAAUCUAGGUCAAGUUGGGGAAUCACUUGGCUACCCACAACGAGCCAUAGGCAUCCUUGUUUCUUGGGUUUCCAUAUUCAAUUUCUUCGGCCGAGUUUUCUCUGGCUUCAUCUCAGAAACCCUCAUGACCAAAUACAAGUUGCCUCGUCCUCUAACCUUUGCUUUUGCCUUUCUCAUCACUUGCAUUGGCCAGCUUUUCAUCGCCUACCCUUUCCCAGGCUCCGUCUACUUAGCUGCCAUAAUUAUUGGGUUUGGAUUUGGAGCUCAAAAUCCAAUGCUAUUUGCCGUAAUAUCUGAGAUGUUUGGUCUUAAACGUUACUCGACGCUGUUCAAUUGUGGGCAAUUGGCAGCCCCACUUGGGUCUUACAUACUGAACGUGGAUGUUGUCGGGAAGCUGUACGAUAUGGAAGCUUUACGUGAACAUAAGCAGAUUGCGGGGAAGGGGUUAACUUUCACUAGAGCUCAUUGCUUUGGUGGGUCUUUCACAAUAUUGGCUGCAGCGACAUUGUUUGGAGCCGUGAUUAUGUUUGUGUUGGCUUACCGGACUCGAGAAUUCUACAAAAGGGAUGUGUAUAAGAACUUUAACGAGGAGAUAUGGAUUCCACAAACCGAAAUGGAGUUCUAUCACUUAGAUAACAAGAAGAACAUUGAGGAUUAA